AUGAAGGACAAGACCAGCUACACUCUCGCGCGGCAGCUCCGAUCCGACCUCGCACGCGUACAGGAACUGGACCCACGGUGCGACUGGGUGCUCCCGUACCUAGAGGACAGCACCCACAGCGAACGACUGCUGCUGGGCAAGGUGGUGCUCCUCACGGACCUCCUCGGGAUGGAGACCCCGCUGCGCACCAUCGAGAUCAUCCGAGAGCGCCCGGAGAUCCUGCGGCUGGAGCCGGAGGAGGUCGUGCGGCGCGUCAUGGCCCUGAAACAAGCCAUCCCAAGUGGCAACAUUCCCGGAAUCCUAUUUCUGCGGCCCUCGCUCGUGGCCUCGCAGUCCGACCCCGGCCCGACGAUCGAGCGCGCGCUGCGGAAGAUGGCGCGCAUCAUGCCGGGCAUCCCCGUCGAGCGGCAGCUGCAUCGCGGUGCGGGGGCGUGGCGGUCGUUCGUGGAGAUACUGCGCGACAGCGAGGGGGCGUCGGCGUUCAGGGCGCGCGGGGGACGGUAG